AUGAACUAUACGUUCCUCAGGUCAACCAUACUUGUGUUCCUCUCCUCAGCAGGGGAGAGUGUGACCUUUAAAACAUCUGUAAAACCAACAGCUGAACCGUUUCUGGCAUUAACUUGGAGCUUCAAUGGGACCACCAAUGUAAUAACCUCAACCAGUGUAGAUGUAGUCGGACAAGGCUAUGAGAGCAGGAUCGUCCUAGAAAAUUCUACUGGAUCUCUGGUGCUUAUGAACCUGACUGAAAAAGACAGCGGAGAAUAUGAACUAAUCAUCAUCCCAUAUGGAGCGGAGCAGAUUCAAGGAACUGUCAAACUGGAGGUGCUGACCAAAGUGUCAAGACCCACUAUGGCCUGCCCCACAGAAAACGUAAUAGAAGGUAAAACCUCUGUGAACCUAACCUGCGAUGCUGACGGCUUGGUGUCCAACAGAGUGUGGAUGAAAGACGGCCAACCUUUGGUUUCUGGAGAGAGAUUCAGCUUUUACGACAGCAACAGAGUGUUGUCCAUCAGCCCUGUCGACAGGAGAGACACUGGAGAGAUUCUUUGUAAUGUCAGCAAUGAUUUCAGUUUUGAUACAGCUAACUGCAGACUGAAAGUCUAUUAUGGACCUGACAAACCAACAAUCAUUCAGAGGCCAAUAGGAGCAGAACUUGAAGAGAGUGUCACUCUUAGCUGCUCUGCUGACUCCCUACCAAAGGCAACUUUCUUCUGCACGUUCAAACACAUGAAGAUGUACGGGCCCCUGCACUACAUCCAUGAGAUGGAAGAGAUGCACCUGGGGAGCUACACCUGUACCGCCCAAAAUGCUGUCACUGGUUUAGAAACCUCUGCACUCCACACACUGCGUGACUCAUCUACUCCCAUCAUUGGUUCUAUGUCUAUGAUGGUUUGCACCGUCCUGACGUUGAUGGAGCUAAUUUUAGUCUAAAGACUAAGAAUAAGUGUGUGUGUUUU